CCCCUUGCCCUGGAGCCAGACCCAGGGUCCUGUACCUGAACACAUCUGAGUCUACAUUGGACCCCUUCCAUCUCUACGACAGUUCAAUCUUUGUUUGCAAUGUGGAGCAGUGUGGCACUGCGUCCGCUGCAGCGGCUGUCAGUCACUCGUCUGAAUUUAAGUGCAGCUAAAACUUUGCAGAAAAAUAUGUCAACCCUUCAGCGAGUGUAUGUGACUCGACAAAUACCACCUGAUGGCCUCAAGAUACUGCGAGAAUCUGGACAAGUUCAGUUUGAGCUUUGGGACUCAGAUGACGUCCCAGUCCCCAGGGCUGAGUUACUCCAGAAGGUCAAAGGUGUUGAUGGUUUGCUCUGUGUGCUCACAGAGAAGAUAGAUGCAGAACUUUUAGAUGCUGCUGGCCCAAACCUGAAGGUUCUCAGUACAAUGUCAGUGGGGUUUGAUCAUCUUAAUUUGGAGGAGCUUAAAAAAAGAGGAAUUCGGGUGGGGUACACACCUGAUGUUUUGACUGAUGCUGUAGCUGAGUUAACUGUUGCAUUGUUGCUGGCAACAUCCAGGAGACUGAUAGAAGCCACACAUGAAGCUAAAACAGGGGGCUGGGGCACAUGGAGGACACUGUGGUUAUGUGGAUAUGAACUGGCCAAUAGUACAGUGGGCAUAUUUGGUCUGGGAAGAAUUGGUGUGGCUAUCGCUGAGCGCCUAGCUCCAUUCAAAGUUAAAAGAUUCAUUUACACAGAUGUUGCCCCCAGGCCUGAGCUUGCCAGUCAAAUCAACGCAGAAUUUGUUUCUAUGGAUGAACUGGCAAAGCAAUCAGAUUUUCUUGCUGUGUGUUGUGCUUUGACACCGGAGACAAAGGAGAUCUGCAACAAGGACCUCUUUUCUAAAAUGAAGAAAACAUCCAUCUUUAUCAACACUAGCAGAGGUGGUGUGGUGAACCAGGAAGAUCUUUAUGAGGCUCUGUCUACUGGGCAGAUUGCAGGAGCUGGCCUUGAUGUUACAGUGCCAGAGCCAUUGCCAACCAGUCACCCGCUGUUUACUUUAAAAAACUGUGUGAUUCUCCCUCACAUUGCCAGUGCAUCCUACACUACACGUAAUUCCAUGUCAUCUCUGGCUGCAAACAACCUGCUUCUGGGUUUACGGGGUGAACCAAUGAUCAAAGGGCUUCCUCUGUGAAGAAAGCAGAAGCUGACACAACAUC